GUGCAGGCUCAUUCAUGUGCCUACCUGAAUCAGGGGAAGCUUGAGCUAUUCUCAGAGCUUCAGAGCUUCAGACAUGCAGUCAAACAGAAGCGCAGCGUAUGGGAUUAUGUUCAUCUGUAUCCUGGCAUUAUGGACAGAUUGCGUCCAGGGUGGAUCCAGCUUCCUCAGCCCCUCACAGAAACCCCAGGGAAAGAGUGACAAGAAGCCUUCUCGUGUGGGAAGACGCUUCUCUGAGGUCAUGCCUAACCCAUUCGAGAAGACCCUUGAAGACACGGACAUGAAACACGUCAUGUUCAAUGUCCCUUUUGAAAUUGGGAUUACAAUGACUGAAGAAGAGUUUCAAGAAUAUGGAAAUGUUCUGCAGAAAAUUGCACAGGAUGUGCUGCAAGAGAGUCCCCCGGCGGAGACCACCAUGGAAUCAACUGGGCACAAAACCAAAACUCCCUGGACAGGAUGCCAGUCCAUAGCUGGGUAG